CCAUUUUAUCCGGGACCCUCGCCCAAGAAACCAUAGGGAAUUUGUUGAGCUUCCUAUAAACCCUUAAACCCCUAAUUCCGAAUUCCGAAUUCAUCGGAAAAGUAACAAGCAUGGAUCACAUAGCUGCAGCGGAAGAGGCAAUGGUGAAUGAAAGGUUGAGACGGAAGCUCAACGAGGUCAACGCCGCUGCCCAGCAACAUCUCGCCGCCGUCCAGGACCACAUUAAUUUCACCCUUCAGCAAUCGUACUUCAAGUGCGCGUACGAGUGUUUCGACAGGAGGAUGAAGCAGGAAGAGAUAAGCAACUGCGUGGAGCAUUGCAGCGUGCCCGUGCUCAAGGCCCAGAAUCUCGUCGAAACCGAAAUGGCUAAGUUUCAAGAACGAUUGAGCAGGUCUCUGGCUGUCUGCCAAGAUAAAUAUGAGGCGGCCAAGCUCCAGACAAACAACAGCACUGCUGCCCGUAACGAUUUGGAGUCAUGCGUAGACCUUUCUGUUAACGAAAGCAUCGAUCUGAUCCCACAUGUUGCUGGAAGACUGAAAGCAUAUCUGUCUAUGGAUUAGAAGCUACAUCAAUCACUUUGCCCUUUUUUCUCUUUUCCUUUAAUAGAUGGAAUCGAUAUUUGAUCUGUACUAACAUUGACAAUGAAGCUACUACUAUGAGAGGAAAUACCAUAAGAGUUCUUUGUUAA